AGCUCCACAAGUCCAUCCAUCACACGGAAAGGAAACGUCAUUUACGAAACCACCCUUCUCAUCAACUCCACCAGGACCACCACUAAGGGUCUUUCCGUCAUUUCAACACACCUAGAUCAAACCCCGGGAAAAGGAGGUUCAAAGAAGAACAGAUCAACUGCUCUCUGCUCUCAUUACACCAAAACCCUCCAACAUUAAAAUUAAUAAACCUAUCAAAAACCGAAUAUUAACACUAAGUUCCUGAGAUAAAAAUUAACCAUUUAUACGAUCUCUGUACAUGAGAGCUAAUCGUUCAUGGGUGCCAUGUUACACCAGCCAUGCCCGUUUCCUCUACAAGUAACCACACUUUUCUUCUUAUGCGUCGUCGUUUUACCGUAUCGUUCGUUUUCACAAUCAGAUUCGCCUCAAAACAUCGAGACUUUCUUCCCAACCAACCAACUCUCCCCCGCUCCUCCGCCGCCUCUAAACCCUUCCACGCGCUCAUCACCCUCGUCGAAUCAAUCAUCAUCGUCAGAUAGAGGAACAAUCACCAAAGCUGUCCUGAUAACGGCGGCGAGCACCGUGGUUAUCGCAGCAGCCUUCUUCUUCUUCCUCCAGAAAUGCGUCAUCGCGAGGCGGCGGCGGCGGAGAGAGAGCAGGAUCAACGUCGGAAACGUUUUACCUCCGUAUCCUCUGACAACAACGACGGUGGCGGCGACGGAGACUCUGGCUCGAGAAGGUUUCACGCGGUUCGGAGGUGUGAAAGGUCUGAUACUCGACGAAGACGGCCUCGAUGUGUUGUAUUGGAGGAAUCUUCAGAGUCAGAGGCAGCAGAGAAGAAGCGGGAGUUUCCGGAAGGAGACCGUCGCCGCCGCCGGAGAAGAAGGUGGUAGUGAAGAGAAAGAAGUGAUUUAUUACAAGAACAAGAAGAAGAAGAUCACGGAGGUUCCUCUCCUCAGAGGAAGAUCAUCCACUUCUCAAAGUGUAAUCCACAACGACACCUUAGACUUCCAACCACCACCGCCGCCUCCGCCGUCGAAACCACCGCCUCCGCCGUCGAAACCGCCGCCUCCGCCGUCACAACCACCUCCUCCGCCGUCACCACCGCCUCCUCCGCCGUCACAACCGCCUCCUCCGCCGUCACCACCACCGCAGCCUCCGCCGUCACCACCGCAGCCUCCGGUGAAUAAAACUACACCACCACCUCCACCUCCACGUCCUUCACCGCCACCACCUCCGCCGAUGAAAAAGGCGGCGGCUUUGUCGUCGUCGGGAUCAAGACCACCGCCUGCUCCGAGAGGAUCAAGCGGAGGGGAGAGUUCGAGAGGUGGAAAUGGUCAGGUGAAGCUAAAGCCUCUGCAUUGGGAUAAAGUAAACCCUGACUCCGAUCACUCCAUGGUGUGGGACAAGAUCGAUCGCGGCUCGUUCAGUUUCGACGGAGAUUUGAUGGAAGCUCUCUUCGGUUACGUCGCUGUCGGAAAAAAAUCUCCAGAACACGACAAACCAAAGUCGAACUCCCCGACCAAAAUAUUCAUCCUCGAUCCGAGAAAGUCUCAGAACUCAGCGAUCGUGCUCAAGUCCUUAGGCAUGACUCGCGAAGAGCUCGUGGAAGCGCUCGUCGAAGGACACGACUUCGCACCGGAGACGCUCGAGAGGCUAGCGAGAAUAGCUCCGACGAAGGAAGAGCAAUCAGCGAUCCUCGAGUUCGACGGAGGCGGGGGAGAUACCGCGAAACUCGCGGACGCGGAAGCGUUCCUGUUUCAUCUCCUCAAAGCGGUCCCAACCGCGUUCACGCGGCUAAACGCGUUUCUCUUCAGGGCGAAUUACUAUCCGGAGAUGGCUCACCACGGCAGAUCGCUCCAGACGCUGGAUUUGGCGUGCAAAGAGCUGAGGUCUCGCGGUUUGUUCGUGAAGCUUCUGGAGGCGAUUCUCAAAGCUGGUAACAGGAUGAACGCGGGGACCGCGAGAGGAAACGCUCAGGCGUUUAACCUAACCGCGCUUUUAAAACUCUCGGACGUUAAGAGCGUUGAUGGGAAGACGACUCUGCUUAACUUCGUGGUGGAGGAAGUCGUGAGGUCAGAAGGAAAACGCUGCGUUUUGAAUAGAAGAAGCAAUAGCUUGACACGAAGCAGCAGCAGAAGUAGUAGUGGUGGUGGUAGUAGUAACAACGCUCCUCAAGCCGUGUCAAAAGAAGAGCAAGAGAAAGAGUUCUUGAAGCUCGGUCUACCCAUUGUGGGAGGACUAAGCUCUGAGUUUUCAAACGUGAAGAAAGCGGCGAGCGUAGACUACGACACGGUCGUUGCGACUUGCUCGGCUCUUGCGGUGAGAGCGAAAGAUGCGAGGAAGGUGAUCGCGCAGUGUGAAGGAGGAGGGAGGUUUGUGGAGAAGAUGAUGACGUUUCUUGAUUCGGUAGAGGAAGAAGUGAAGACAGCGAGAGAAGAAGAGAGGAAAGUGAUGGAGCUUGUGAAGCGGACGACGGAGUAUUACCAAGCAGGAGCUAGUGUGAAGGGGAAGAACCCUCUUCAUCUGUUUGUUAUCGUGAGAGAUUUUCUUGCCAUGGUUGAUAGAGUAUGCUUAGAUAUUAUGAGGAACGUGCAGAGGAGGAAGGUAACGACUUCUUCCGAGUCGACUCCUUCCACGCAGAGGAAUGCUGUGAAGUUCCCGGUUUUGCCUCCAAAUUUCAUGUCGGAUAGGUCCAGGAGUGACUCCGGUGAAUCGGAUUCUGAUAUGUGAGGAGAGUCCAUAAUUGUUAUUUGUAAAUAAUAGAAAUGUUUUGAGUAUUGAUAUUUAUUGAAAGGUAUUGAAUUGUUUGAUAGAUUUAUAUGAUAAAAGAAUUUUCGUUUAUGACA